UUUUGAUACCAUGGUAAAGUCUGCCAUGUUUUGUCCUACUUGUCGCGCUUGAUCAACGCGUUCGCGUAUUCGGUUCCAAAACCAAUAAUUUACUGAAUGUAACACGGGCUGUGCUUUGUUUACAAAUAGUGUAGUUGAUGACGAUGUAAUUGCAGUAGUGAAUUUGUAUUUUAUCGACCAGUUUUUAUACUUGUGUGUUUAAAUGGAGUACUUCGCAUAAUUUCGUAAAAUUUUGAAAUCGUUCACUGGCUCAUCUAAAUAAAAGCCAUGCAAGAAAAAAAUCGUUAAUCUUCUAGAAUUGUUUUUAUACGCAGUGUUUUAUUAUAACUGUGUGACGCAACCCACGUGCACAUAAUACAGCAAGCAUUUCAUGCAUAUUUGUUAUUAUUUUGUUCGCGGUCCGAGAGGUCGAUUCGAGUCUGUCUGAUUCGGAUCGAAGAAGGCGAAUCGCGUCGUCCCGUCUUGCUCGCUCCCGUCGCAUUCCGUUGCGUUGAAAUAUUUUCAUAAUUUAAAAUAGAAGAGUGAUAUUCGCGCGUGCAUUAUUGUUUUGGUGCGCAAAGAAUAGAGGAUAGCUGUUGUGGUGGUGUCGAAGCGCACGUGACGCCGGAGUGUUUGGGUGUCAGUCUGGUAGGGUUGGCGGGCGCCGGACGGCCGUGACGGACGCACGCUAUUCGGUACAGUCCGCCUCAAGCCUGCAGUGCGGAGCGGUGUAGAGGUGAAUCACCGCGCGGUGUGUUGAUCGUGGUUAUUUACUCGCGAGUGCAUCGUUAAGUGAGUUAAACGGAAGUGCGAAGGCAUGUGUGGCGCGGUUUGGCGCCGAUGACAACGCCGUUUGAGGCGACGGCGUUUUGCCAGUGAGCGUGUGUUAGUUAUGUUUCUUGGGUUAUGAGUGUGUGACAAAGUUUAGUGUACUGAGGACACUGGAGCCCCUAGACGGAGUUGGGCCCGCCGGGGCGGCCCUGGUGCUUCUCGGGGCUCCGCACGAAGGCAAAAUGGCAGCGUGGAAUCGUCAUCACCAUUUCAAUAUGCUCAUGGAUGAAAAUGCCAAAAACAAAUUGGGUGUUGUCGGCGGCGGCAUGCCUGAAGCCGCCGGCGGCGAGAGGCGGCAUGUGCCCCUCUACGGCCGACUCGUUGCUGAGGAUCAGCUGGCCUCCAUGAGCGCACCUUCGGACAUUCAGGUGAGCGCCCCCGCGCGCAACCCAAGAGCUUUCCUGCGCUACCGUAUCCCUGUCCAGGCUAUGCAAGCGCGGAUACCACACCACUUUCGAGACCCUUCAACGGCGCCUCUACGGAAACUCAGUGUGGACCUAAUCAAGACAUACAAACACAUAAACGAGGUAUACUAUGCGAAGAAGAAGCGAAGAGCGCAGCAGUACCUCGGUGACGAUGGCUCGCACAAGAAAGAGCGGAAACUGUACAAUGACGGGUAUGAUGAUGAUAACCACGAUUACAUCAUCAAGCAGGGUGAGAAGUUCCUCGACCGAUACGAGAUCUCAUCACCUAUCGGCAAGGGCUCCUUUGGACAGGUUGUGAAAGCCUACGAUCACGAGGAGCAGUGCCAAGUAGCGAUAAAAAUUAUUAAGAAUAAGAAACCUUUCCUAAACCAGGCACAAAUAGAAGUCAAGUUACUAGAAAUGAUGAACAGGGCAGACGCCGAAAACAAGUAUUAUAUAGUGAAACUGAAGCGUCACUUCAUGUGGCGGAACCACCUGUGCCUCGUGUUCGAGCUGCUCUCGUACAACUUGUACGAUCUGCUGCGAAACACCAACUUCCGCGGAGUCUCGCUCAAUCUCACGCGCAAGUUCGCCCAGCAACUCUGCACCGCGUUAUUGUUCCUUAGUCAACCUGAACUUAAUAUAAUUCACUGUGAUCUUAAGCCCGAGAACAUUUUGUUGUGCAAUCCUAAAAGGUCGGCCAUCAAAAUUGUGGACUUUGGUAGCUCGUGUCAACUAGGUCAAAGGAUAUACCAAUACAUUCAAUCGAGAUUCUACCGAUCGCCGGAAGUAUUGUUGGGCAUCCCCUACGACCUGGCCAUAGAUAUGUGGUCUCUUGGCUGUAUAUUGGUGGAGAUGCACACGGGAGAACCACUUUUCAGUGGCGCCAACGAGCUGGACCAGAUGAACAAGAUUGUCGAAGUUCUUGGAAUGCCGCCGGAUCAUUUGUUGGAUCAGGCACACAAAACUAGAAAGUUCUUCGACAAAUUACCGGCGUCCGAGGGCGGCGGUUACGUCCUGAAGAAAGUAGCGAGUAAGGAUGGCGGUUAUAGAAAGUACCGCGCGGCGGGUACCAGACGGCUUCACGAUAUAUUGGGCGUGGAAGGAGGUGGUCCCGCAGCCAGACGCCGUGGCGAGCCUGGACAUUCGGUCUCGGAUUACCUCAAGUUUAAGGACCUGAUACUGCGUAUGCUGGAAUACGACCCCAAACAGCGCGUGACACCCUACUACGCCCUCCAACACAACUUCUUCAAGCGAACCGCUGACGAAUCCACCAACACGCAACAGGCGCAGGCGCAGUCUCAGUCGCACCACCAACACGGUAAAGUGGGAGGCGCCAGGCUGUGGGGCGGUGCGGAGCGCAUGGAAGUGGAGAACGUCCGACGCGACGAGGACAUGCUGCAGCCCGUGUGCCAGCACAGUCCCGUCGCCAUACACUAGCGUGACACCCGGCGUCGCACGCGAAGGACCCACGCGUGCCCAACGCCCGAACCCACCGAGGACAGACGGACACGCAAACGCAGGAACAGACGCUAACGUACUUUGCGCGAUGUGAAGUGUGACUCGAACGUGUAAGUUCUCAGUGCUCAAGUGUACGAGUGGUACCGAGUGGUGACGAGUGGUGACGAGUGGUGGCGAGUGGUGUCGAAUGCGUCGCGCGACGCCGCGAACUGACUUAGUUUAAUUCAUUGCUCCAUAAAGACGGACGCUCUAAUGUCAAGGCGAUGCGGAUGUGAGCUGUGUAGGAUAAGUUAAAGUCGCUCCGCGUAUAGCACGGUUCACGCCGGACGGCGGUAGUGCGUAUUCAUAGGAAAUGGCGUUGGACUAGCGAACUAGUACAAUGUGGCAACACUCGGACUGAAACAAACCAUAUUUAUAAUUCUAUAUUUUUAUUUAACGCGAUAAGUCUGACUAAAGUGCGGUGACGAUGUAACAUUGUAUUGUACUUACACCGACCGGACGCAGAGGGCAUGAAAGCUAGGUUUUUUUAUUGUUACGCAAUGCAUAUCAUGGACGCAAUAUGGUAGAAAAUAAAUAUUGUUAUGUAAAUAUUUAGGAAACAGACUAAUGGUACAGACUGCAAGUUACGCCGGUUAAUCUAUAGUUUAGUUACAUCUAUGCUAGUUAAGCUUCAUUCAGUUAAUCGCAAGCUUUAUAUUUUAAAGUGUCGGCAACUGACUGACUACCAAAGGGCCAAACUGAAAUUUCAUUUUGUAUCUCAAAUUGACGUAAAUUAUAUUUGUAAGGGUAUUUUUUGCAUCGAUUCGACUCGUUGAUCCUCUCGAACGGAAAGUAAACGGAAAUAAUUUGAAACUUUGCCCUCGCAUUUCAGAGUUGUUGUAUAUUGUAUAAUGUUUUAUUUCCAAUCUCGAAUGCAUAAGAUUUGAGGUUAUGUACAUUGACACGCGUAUUGUGUUACGUAAAUAUAGGUUAUUUUUUAACCCAUUGGAAUAUUCUGAAGAUAUGUAAAACCGAUGAAUAGUGUAUAGUAAUUCUAUAAAACACAAAUGUACUUGUAGGUUAUGGGAAUGUUGAAACAUAUUAUAAAAAUUUUGGGUAUUUCAGCUAGGAGUAAUAAAUAAAAUAAUCUGACUCGUUCAACCUUUUUGGAUUUGAAUCUACAAUAGACUAACCUCAACGCAGACUGCUCGUAAAUUUGUAUCGGAGAUAUUUUGUAUAGCAAACUCAAUCACUGCCUUACUGUGCCGGAACUUUUAUGGAUGAGGCCCGCUACACACCCGCGACUGCGAUUAUGCGAUCGCAAUCACUAAUGCUAUUUUAUGAGACUUGCAACUUUUUAGCUAUCACAUUACAUAAGCCGUGUUGGCACAUUACACUAAGUUACUAAGUUUACAUGUUCGAGUCUUAUGUAUCGUUUAUAUAAGUUCUACUUACUAACCACUACUAUUCUAAUUGAUUUAUCAACUGUCAUACGAAUAAAAGACUUGGUGCGUCCGUUCAAUUGUCGCGUCUGUAGCGGGCCUUGGAUUAGCGGAAUCUCUCUGGACAAUCGAGAAUUAGCGAACUAUAUAUUUUUCAAUUGUUUAUAGUUGGACGACUGAGAAGCGUCUAGAGAAAUGCCGCUAAUUGAUAUUGCAACUACGCAGAUUUUUUUGUGCUGCAGAUUGUUGCCGUUUUUAUAACGCUCCUUCCCCCAGAAGAUUAUUUUAAAAUACACAAUUUGUAUGUACAUGAAGCAUCAAAGUAUUUUCCCUUCGCUACUUCCGUUUUAAUUGUAGAUUUGAAUCUAUCCGACUCUAUUAUCUGUAUCAUAAUGUAAUACUUUUUUGCUUCAUGAGGUAUAGGACUGUUAGGAAUAAGAAAUAGGUAUGGGAAACAAGAUAUUCAUUAGUAGGGUGAUAUAUGAUAGGUGGGUUUCCAAAUGUAACUUAUUUUCUUAUUGAUUGUACUUGGCCGUGACGUUUGAGUUUACGAUACUCGUUGUUGACUUAUUUUCUCGUCUACUUUCACGAAUAUUUUUUAAUCGCCGCUUUUAAAAUGUGAUAUCAGAAAGUAAGUCGAUCUCGAAGUGCAUAUAAGAUUGGAAACCUGCGAUUAUUUUUACGAAAUAGCGAUCAAGUGAACUGGGGCCUGGGCGCGGGAUGUUCGAGAAAGGUCUGCGUAAAAUUUGUACUGGAUUUGGCGGGUAUGGUCCGAGUUUUGACGAGUUUUCGCGCACAGGACCCAGAAAGCAUUUACAGGAAGGCCCUACAUACUUGCGCUUCAAUAUGUAAUGUAUUUUAUUUAUUUGUGACAUUAUGUGGUGUGUUCGGAAUUAUAUGUUUAUUUCCUAUCGGAUUGUCAGUUCGCAGGCACUGUAACAAUAAAAGGAUAGAGCUUUAUGUCACUAAGUUUUGUAUUUUAAAUCAAUAAACGAUAGCAAUGA